AUGUCGUUUGUAGAUGACUUGAGUGUCGAGGGCUGGAGGUUGACAGAUGACCGAUGUAGUAACUCCUCGAAGGACUUCGAGCUACUUGAUUCCAGUCCGCACGACCGUGAGUACUUCAGCACUUCCGGUACCUGGAAUUUGUCUCUUCAAGUACCGGCGAAAGGAGGUGUGGUGGAUGGGGAAGUACAUGCGCGGCCACGCUAG